AUGUUUGGUAGUCACGCACGAACUAUGCCACGGAGGUUCGAUAUAUUCAGACACCCUCUGUAUCGGCAGAAUUGCCUCUAUUCCUCAGUUAAGUUUCCUCCUCCCUAUGCACACUAUCAUCGAAAGAGACGUUCCUACUUCAAACCAGCCCUUUUGUUCUUCAUUGCCGGCGCUGCGCUCUCGUACAACUAUUCUCUAUAUGAACUAGGCGAAAGAAGAUUCCCCCUACCGUUGACUAGCGACUCAAAGUCAAUAUCUCAGUUCAAUGAACGAUUGGAGUCCAGAUUACAGGCCUUGCCAAUUGUUAAGGAGUUGAGAACAGAUCCAAACUUUGUCGAAUACAGAGAUUGGAACCAUUUAGAUUCUUCUCCAACCGGCUUGUCCAAUUUCCACGGCACCUUGCGUACUCCCGGUGGUAUAUCCAUCCCCCCAUUAUCUUUCCAUUGCCAAGAGACCGGUGACGAUAUAGUCAUUGUCCAUGUGGGCCGCAGAAUGUCUGGCUAUCCGUUUUUGGUACAUGGUGGGAUGCUAGGCAUGCUGGUGGAUGAAAUAUUCAAAUCAAACUUGAUCAAGGAAUUCCCAAAUUUAACAUUCGACAAUGUUCAUACCAAAUCUCUAGAUUUGAAAUUUAAGUCUCCCACCUUUGUUAACCAGUUCCUUAUCAUAAAAUCUAACUCGGCCAAGCUGGACACUGUCAACAACGAUUACAUUGUUAAUAGCCAUAUCUCUACAACUGAUGGUAAGGUUUUGGUCCAGGCCUCUGCUGUUUUAUCGACAGACACAAAUUCAUUGACGUCUUCUGUUCCAACUAGGCCUCUCGAAAAGAAGACAAAUACUGGCUGGUUUUGGUGA